CCGCCCCCGGGAUGGCCCAACCGCGCCGCCGCCCCCGACGCAUCAGCAAUCCCUGCCAAGUCGGACCAUUUGAAGGGGGACCGCAGCAGGCAGCUUGCAGGCUCUGAGAAGCAGUGACAAGUCUCUCCGGGUCAGCGUCCCUGAGUCGCUGGGUUCUCCUGCCCCACGGAUUUGGCUGUUCCUUCUGGACAAACCGGAGGCUUGCUGUCAUGGGGAUGCACUGAACCCUCACCCCAGGAGCUUCAGGCCUGGAUGUUGGUGCUGCACCUCCCAGACGAUGUGGCUGAUACUCUGGAGAAGCCCUCUCUUGCCCCCUGUUCUCCAAGUGCCUGAGCUGGUGGCCAGCUGGGACCUGCGUCUCGCCCUCUGGGUCCUGAGCUUCGCCUCGGUGGUUGUGCGCAUGGAGGGCCAGGUCUACUCUCCCACUGUCAACACUCACUAUGGGAAGCUACGGGGGGUGCGUGUGCCACUACCCAGUGAGAUUUUGGGACCCGUGGAUCAGUACCUGGGGGUGCCUUACGCCGCCCCCCCAGUUGGGGAGAAGCGGUUCAUGCCUCCAGAGCCACCUCCCUCCUGGUCAGGCAUCAGGAACGCUACCCACUUCUCGCCAGUCUGCCCCCAGAACAUCCACAACGCCGUCCCUGAGAUCAUGCUGCCCAUCUGGUUUACCUCCAACUUGGAUAUUGUGGCCACCUACAUCCAGGACCCCAACGAGGACUGUCUGUACCUCAACAUCUACAUCCCCACGGAGGAUGUAAAACGGAUUUCCAAGGAAUGCACCCGAAAGCCCAACAAGAAAAUAUGUAGGAAAGGAGGAGCCAGCGCUAAGAAACAGGGAGAGGACUUAGCGGAUAAUGACGGGGAUGAAGACGAAGACAUCCGGGACAGCGGGGCCAAGCCAGUGAUGGUGUACAUCCACGGCGGCUCAUACAUGGAGGGCACGGGGAACAUGAUCGACGGCAGCGUCCUGGCCAGCUACGGGAACGUGAUCGUCAUCACACUCAACUACCGCGUCGGAGUGCUCGGGUUCCUGAGCACAGGGGACCAGGCUGCCAAGGGCAACUACGGGCUGCUGGACCAGAUCCAGGCGCUGCGUUGGGUCAGUGAGAACAUUGCCUUCUUCGGCGGCGAUCCUUUGCGCAUCACCGUCUUCGGUUCCGGCAUCGGCGCCUCCUGCGUCAGCCUGCUCACCCUCUCCCACCACUCAGAAGGUCUCUUCCAGAGAGCCAUCAUCCAGAGUGGCUCCGCGCUCUCCAGCUGGGCGGUGAACUACCAGCCCGUCAAGUACACCAGCAUGCUGGCAGACAAGGUGGGCUGCAACGUGCUGGACACGGUGGACAUGGUGGACUGCCUGCGGCAGAAGAGCGCCAAGGAGUUGGUGGAACAAGACAUCCAGCCGGCCCGCUACCACGUGGCCUUUGGGCCGGUCAUCGACGGGGACGUGAUCCCAGAUGACCCAGAGAUCCUGAUGGAGCAGGGCGAGUUCCUCAAUUACGACAUCAUGCUGGGUGUCAACCAAGGCGAAGGGCUGAAGUUCGUGGAGGGCGUGGUGGACCCCGAGGAUGGCGUUUCGGGCAGCGACUUUGACUACUCGGUCUCCAACUUUGUAGACAAUCUGUAUGGUUACCCCGAGGGCAAGGACACCCUGCGAGAAACCAUCAAGUUCAUGUACACAGACUGGGCUGACAGGGACAACCCCGAGACGCGCCGCAAGACCCUGGUGGCCCUCUUCACUGACCACCAGUGGGUGGAGCCAUCGGUGGUGACAGCCGACCUGCACGCCCGCUACGGCUCCCCAACCUACUUCUACGCCUUCUACCACCACUGCCAGAGCCUGAUGAAGCCCGCGUGGUCCGACGCGGCCCACGGGGAUGAGGUGCCUUACGUGUUUGGGAUCCCCAUGAUCGGCCCCACAGACCUCUUUCCCUGCAACUUCUCUAAGAACGAUGUCAUGCUCAGUGCUGUGGUGAUGACCUACUGGACCAACUUUGCCAAGACAGGGGACCCCAACAAGCCCGUCCCACAGGACACCAAGUUCAUCCACACCAAGGCCAACAGGUUUGAGGAGGUGGCCUGGUCCAAGUACAACCCCCGCGACCAGCUGUACCUGCACAUCGGGCUGAAGCCGCGGGUGCGCGACCACUACCGAGCCACCAAGGUGGCUUUCUGGAAGCACCUGGUCCCCCACCUGUACAACCUGCACGACAUGUUCCACUACACCUCCACCACCACCAAAGUGCCGCCUCCCGACACCACGCAGAACUCCCACAUCACCCGCCGGCCCAACGGCAAGAUCUGGACCACCAAGCGCCCCGCCAUCUCACCCGCCUACAACAGCGAGAACGGGAAGGAGAAGUGGAGCCCGGAGCAGGAGGCGGGCACCCUGCUCGAGAGCCCCCGCGACUACUCCACCGAGCUGAGCGUCACCAUUGCCGUGGGCGCCUCGCUCCUCUUCCUCAACGUCUUGGCCUUCGCCGCCCUCUACUACCGCAAGGACAAGCGGCGGCAGGACACGCACCGGCAGCCCAGCCCGCAGCGCGGCGCCGCCAACGACAUUGCCCACGCGCCCGACGAGGAGAUGCCAUCCCUGCAGGCCGGCCAGGCGCACCACGAGUGCGAGGCCGUGCCGCCCCACGACACCCUGCGCCUCGCCGCCCUGCCCGACUACACGCUGACGCUGCGCCGCUCCCCGGACGACAUCCCGCUCAUGACGCCCAACACCAUCACCAUGAUCCCCAACUCGCUGGUGGGGCUGCAGACCCUGCACCCCUACAACACCUUCGCCUCCGGUUUCAACAGCACGGGGCUCCCGCACUCACACUCCACCACCAGGGUAUAGCUGCCCGCGGCUGGCGCACACCCAUGCACGCACGCACACGCACUCGGCAGACACUGGCAGAGGGACCGGCGGGAGCCCCCUGGGACGGACAGACAGACGGACGGGUGGCACACACGGACGGUGUGACACCAAGCCCAAACCUGCGGGCGCUGCGCACCGCCGGCCGCCACGCUUCCCUCGGCGCUUUCUUUCAUUCCUUUCUAACUUUGAGAAGUGCUUCAACUCUCCGGCUCCCGGCAGGAGGGCCCCACUGGUGCACCGGGGCUGUGCCCCCCGAUGGGGACACGGCGGCACCCGCGCCCACUGAGCACCCCGAGACGGGCGAGCGGCGGUGCCGGGUAUCCCUCUUGGAGGAGGUUUGGCAUCCAGAGCGCCGUGGAUAAGGCUCCGUCACUGUGCCAUGGUGCUAAGGGCAGAGGCAGCAGGCAGGGACCCGGCCUCGCGCUGGGUGCGGGCGCUGGGAGCCGGGGAGCCGCCCCGCGAUGGAGACGUGGCACCUCUGCCCCCUCUUUGCGCUGCAGAGAAUCUCUUUUGUGUCAGUCGUUUCUCUUUGCAGAGACGUUUUUUAAAGCAGAUCUUUAGUUCUUUACACACUAACGGAGUCGCCGCGUUUUGUCCUUUGUAAAGAUUUUAAACCAAGUGUUCUUGAUAUAAAAUAAAAAGCCAGUUAGAAGAACCCCAGCGUGUGUGCACGGUGCCGGCCCUGACGCGGCCCCACAGCCCCAGUACCCGUGCACGGGGCCAGCGGGCACCAGGCACCAGGCAGGGCCCUGCCUGCCGCGCUGCGAGGCCGCGCUCUUUUGUAUUUUUGAUAUUCUCCCUCCUCUGUCACCCGUGCCCACGGAUCUCAGCCAAAAAGCCCACUCCAGGGCCCAGCCACGGGCGCCCCACAGCCCCUCAGCCCCAUCCCAACCCCCAGUCCAGUGCCACUCUCUGUGGGGUCGCCCAGUGGGGUUGGAUGCGCGCUGCCAAAGCGCAGCCACCCACAGCCACCCUGCCCUGCUCGCCACCACCCCAUGCAGGGUGUGCCACUGGGGACAGGGCACCCACCCCAGGGCUGGGGCACCCGCAGAGCCGGCGAUGGCCGCAGGUGGUGGGGAGCUUAGGGCUGGAUGUGGGGAAGUAGCUACCCGGGAGCAGUGAGGGCAGGGGUUGGUUUGGCCCCCAGCGUGGUCACCCUGAGCACAGGAGGGGACGGGUCCUGUGUCCCCACAGGGAUGCCACCCUCAGCCUCGGUCCGGCUGGCAGACGCUGCCCGCACUGGCAGCCGUGACGCAUUGGUGCCGGCUGACCCCACACAGCCCCACACGGCCCCACACAGCCUUGGUUUGGGGUGAGGGUGCUGGUUGGAGAAUGUAUUUAUACCCUGUCACCCGCUCAGAGUAACAAAUUCCAAAUAAAACAGAAGUGAUAUUUUUAA